AUGAGUUUUCUAAGCGAGAUUCAUCAGCAUACGUAUCAGCUGCUUGCAAGGCAUCAUCUGCUACUGUCUAUCAUGCCUUCGGACAUUGAGGCAUACCUAGAAAUUGAGGAACUUGUGGAUGACUCCAAAUAUCGCGAGGCGUAUGCAAAACUCGAACUUGUAGGAAGGAAGCAUGCGCUGGAUGGUCAUGAACGAAAUCCGACUAGCAUUGCAAUUCUCAAAAUACUCUGCUCGACGACCGGACGGCUUGCUGAAGAGAGUGGUGUGACAGAUAAAAUCAAUCUUGGCUUCGAAUUCAAAAAAUACCUCGACCGUGCCAUAGCAGUUGAUCCAUCUUCCUUCGAGCUGUUGCAUAUGAGAGGAAGGUUUUCCUACAAGGUUGCAAACUUGAGUUUCUUUGAGCGUUUGGCGGCACGUGCGUUGGGUAAUCUGCCACAGGCAUCUAUAGAUGCUGCACUGGAAGAUCUAAUGGAGUUAAGCAGAGGAAAUCUUAUCAAAAACCAGCCUCAGGCGUCAUGUGUUGAAAGUAGUUUUUGGUGUAUUCUAUUGAUCAGACGUUUACAGGGAUUAGCGGAGAAAGUGCGACCGGGUGUAACGGAGAACAGACUGUACAUUGGGCGAGUGCUGUACGCGAAAGGCGAUUACACAGCAGCCAAAAAAUGGCUUAUCAAGGCAGCUAGCGCUACAUGUGGUGACGACGAGUCUGUGGAACGUGAGCACAUCACGGCAGCUCAAGAGAUGCUUCGGCUGAAGGUGUUCCAGCAGUGA